AUGUCCGACAAUGCGGCGUGGAAGGCGCUGAAGCCGUUCACCACGGGCGCGCUGUCCGGCAUGGUCGCCACGACCUGCAUCCAGCCGAUCGACAUGGUGAAGGUGCGCAUCCAGCUGAUGGCGGGCACCGCCGAGGCUGCGGGUCCCGUGACCAUCGCCUCCAACAUCCCCGGGGGGAACGAGGGUUUGGCGGCCUUCUACACCGGCCUGACUGCAGGCCUCACCCGCCAGAUCGUCUACACGGGCGCGCGCCUGGGCCUCUUCGACAGCUUUACGGCCUCCAUGAAGACGCCAGGGAAGUCGCUGAGCUUCGGCGAGAACGCCGUGUGCGCGCUCGGCGCGGGUGGCCUCGCGGCUGUUGUGGGGAACCCGGCCGACCUCGCGCUCAUCCGCAUGCAGGCGGACAGCAUGAAGCCCGUGGCGGAGCGCGCCGGCUACACAAACGUGUUCACGGCCAUGGCGCUGAUCGUGAAGAAGGAGGGGCCCGCGGGCCUCAUGGCCGGCUGGAUCCCGACCUCCACGCGGGCGAUGGCCCUCAACUUCGGGAUGCUGGCCUUCAACGCCUCCAGCAAGGACGUCCUGAAGGGCUACGGUGUCACCGGCGCGCCGCUGACCUUCGGUGCGUCGGCCAUCGCCGGCUUCUUCGCGUCCUUCUUCUCGCUGCCGUUUGAUUUCGUCAAGACGCAGAUGCAGAAGCAGAAACCGGACCCGGUCACUGGGGAGUUGCAGUACAAGAGCGCCAUGCGGAUUGCGCCAUGA